GGCCCUUUUGUGUACACUACUUGGAGUUUGCGCAAUUCGGUCGGAGUUCGGGCCUUGUCCGCUGCAUAUUCGCCGAUGCAAGUAUUGGCUUCAUCCAGACUUGUCAAAUGUCCCUGCUCGGCUCGACGUCCCCCACCCCCACCAUCGCCACCUCAACCACACAACAGGUACAUGCUUAAAGGCAACAGCAUAAACCAUCGAGACAUACAACUUUCAUUCCUACAAUAGAUAUCUGGAGAUUCUGGACCUACACCUUCUUCAGGCAACAGGAUUUUAACCACGUACCGACCGCGCGUUCUGACUGUAUUAGUUAUUAGUUCUACUUCAGGCAGCCGAAUUCUACGUCUACUUCUUAGGAGCGCCAUCCGAGAUUCUCUAGGUCAGAAACACGAAGUACAGCUCAUUCACCUUUGCUUGUUCGAAUAAGAGAACAUAGCCUCUGCCCAAUCAAUCAAGUUCACCGCACCGAUCCAAUAUGGCCAUCACAGAGGCAGGAUGCAGUAUUGUCAAGCCAGGAAUAGAUGUUAUGGAUGAAAGUACGCCCGAGGGCCAGAUCCUGCUCAAGAUAUGGAAGGGCGUUACGAGCCAGCCAACUGGCCCGUUCAGGGUGUUCUGGGGCACCGAGGUUGAGAACCCUGCAAACCUUUGGGGGUUCUUCGACUUUGCGUCCGUCGAGGAGCACGAGAAGUUCGCCGAAGAGUUUGGGAAGGACAUCGUCACAGACUUCCCCAAGAUCCUCGGUGGUCACCACUUCACAAAGCACGUCACCCUCACGCCCUACCCACACACAGCCCUGAGGGCCCCUGUGACCGAGGUCCUCCUCAUUUGGUUCCCCUCAGACCUAGCCCCGGAGGUGAAGGACGCGGCCACAAAGCGGCUCCAGCAGUUCGCCGAUGCCUGCCUUGGUUCAAACGGGGGAAUUCAUGCCAUCAACAUUGGCUGGGGGGUGGAGAAUGACUUCCCCGUCCGUGACGGCGAGGAGGGACAGAAGGGAAGCCUCCUGACCGCGAUGAUCGGCUGGCUGAGCAUUGCUACUCACAUACAGUUCCGCGAGACUGAUACAUUUAAAGACAACAUCCACCUUCUGAGGGGAAUUGAGGGCUUCGUCAAGAUGACCAUGUUCCACAUAAAAAGCCGUGUGAUGGAGAAUGAGACCAGGAGGGAGUAGGGCUGAGGACAGGCUGUGACCGGCCCCUCCAAUCGGCCACAAGUUGCUUCAAAGAACCAGUCAGCUUAUCACAACCAACUGGUUGGAACCCCAACUGGUUAGCUCGUGGGCAAGUAUGAAGGGGAUCUGCUCUUUGUUACGUCUAUAGAAGUGACAAGCGAAUUUGUGUUGGUGACCGAGCAUGGAUAGUGGAGCAAACACAUAUUUAAAAUGCCUUAGAAAGACCAAUGCGCGUCACUUCAACCAGUCCGUCAGACCGCAAGUAGGCCUAUAUAAAGAACUCUCAACCACCA